AGAAAGGGGGCAGGAUGCAAAAUGGCUUGAAGUCAAUAGUGUGUGUGAGGAAAAGGGGAACACACACACACACACAGAGAGAGAGAGAGAGAGAGAGAGACAGGCACAGAGGAGCUGAGCUGGAAAUAUAAAACAGGUGAUGAUUAAGAUAAACAGCUUGAAUAGAGUAUUUCUCUGAUGAACCGGCAUCUUACUACUGCUCUGCCUUUUUAAGAGCGUUAAGUGCCUCCACAGCUGCAGUCAGACCGACACUCAUCUCCUGAAUGCACCAAGACUGGACUCAGAAUUUUCGCAAGAGUGCAUAAAGGGACUUUGUGGGGAACUCCAGAGAAAGGAGGACAAAAGAAAAGGAAAGCCUUUUAGGACACAGGACACACUGGGACUCAGUGUGGUCCAGGCGAGGUAAGAUGAAUCUGAGCAACAGUCAGACUCUGACUGUCAGUGGACAGGAUUUGACCAGAAAUGGCAGCAGCAGCAGCAGCAGUAAUAAUCUUACCCCCACCAGGAAACCUAAACCACCCAAGCCGGAGAAUGCCAUCACCAUCGCUGUGUCAGCUCGAGUCCUCUUCAACAUGGAGAGGGAGCAGCAGAUCUAUGUACAGCAGGGCAUGGAGGAUUACAUCAAGUAUCAAGUGGAGCAUGAAACGGAGCCUUUCAGACCCGGACCUGCCUUCUCCUUUGUCAAGGUCAGACUCAUCAAUACUAUCAAUCAUCAUCAGCUGUUCAUUGAGCGCUUCUGUAUGACAGGCGGGAACAGUCCUAUAGGCUACUUGAAGGCCUACCACGCUAACCUGUACCUGUCUGCUGACUCGGGCAAAGUUCGAGAAGCUUUGGAAGAAGGGAUAGCAGCAGCCACCAUGUUCACCCCAGAGAAGAUGACGGAGGUGUCGGAGACGCAGCUGCGCGUCGCUUUCGAUGGUGACGCCGUCCUCUUCUCCGAUGAGUCCGAGCGCAUCUACAAGGCCCACGGCCUGGACAAGUUCUUUGAGCACGAGAAGGCCCAUGAGAACAAGCCUCUGGAUCAUGGGCCUCUGAAGGGCUUCCUGGAGGCGCUCGGUAAACUGCAGAAAAAAUUUUAUGGCAAAGGCCAGCGCAUGGACUGCCCCAUACGGACCUACCUGGUGACGGCUCGCAGUGCAGCCAGUUCUGGCACCAGGGCCCUAAAAACUCUGCGCUCAUGGGGUCUGGAGAUCGACGAGGCUCUCUUCCUGGCGGGCGCACCCAAGGGCCCCAUGCUGGAGAAGAUCCGGCCGCAUAUUUUCUUCGAUGACCAGAUGUUCCAUGUGGAAGGGGCCGCGGAGAUGGGGACAGUGGCGUGUCACGUGCCCUAUGGAAUCGCUCAGAGAGGAACCGUGGACAAACAGACCUUUUCAGCACCCUGAGCAAGUGACCUGAGCACCAGACAGAGGACUGAAGGGACGUCAGUCUUUUCAUUUCAUCCCCAAACUAAAAACCCCUUGCUUAAAAUGCAACGGAGGGGGUUGCCAUUCUAGCAUCUUAUUAUUUAUUCACUAACAGAAUCAUAAAUAACCAAUUGUAUGAAUUAACUUUAUAAAAUGCAUAAAUUAGUCAUAACCCUUAAAUGUAAUAAUUUUUAGGGUCACGAAUUUAUUUAAAAUCAGCCAAAGGGAUUAAUCAAACAAUAAGAAUAGUUCUUAAAAAACAAUUUGUGCCAGUAGUUACAAAUACAAACCCUUUACCCUUUAAAGAUUGCCCUUCAUGAAAUUGGUACUCGUUUUGCACCAAUUUGCCCUCAUUCCAGCCGUAUCCUGUAUCCUUGUCUGCACUGGAGUACGUUUAUGCAUGCAAAGUCAUGUAAUCCUCUGAAAACUAACUAAGCCAGUAACUACCACAAAUUAGCUCACGUUGGGGAAACACUGAAGAGGAAAGAAGGAUAAUGAUAAACUGGGUAUUGUUGGAGUUUUCCGGCUCAGGAAGAUGCCAGUACAGUAAUGCAACUGAACAUGAGCGCAAACUGCUGUGGAAGAAGAAGAAGAAGAAGGAGCUGUGCUCCAGAGCUGCACGGGCAUUUGGAUUUAUAGUUUCACCACUUUUACUGCUUGUGUUUUAAAACCGGUGCCUUUUUCUCACUGAGAUUUUUCUUGUCCGGCUGGUGUAUUGUUGUUGUCUUACAUGUGGCUUUUGGAUCAGUACAUAUGAAUGUAUUUAAAAGAUAGCAAAUUCAAAGAACAUAUACUUUAUAUUAAUUUAAUAAUUUGUCUCGUGUAACAUAUUUAAUAUUUAUCGUCAUCUGACAUGGGCAAUAUCCUUCCAGCUCAGCUAUUGUCCCUCAAGUGCCCAAGGUUCAGUCUGUCCCUACUUGUCGCCUGCAUGUCUGUCUCAUACAGGUUUGCUGUUGUUGUUGUUGCACGAAUGUGAAGCAACCUGUAAUGUGUCUGGGAGAACCUGUGGAAACAAACCUUUGUGUUACAAGAAUAAAGGAAAAAAAUCUAUUUUAAAAAGUUAAAAAAAAUGUUGUCUUUACUCCUAACAUCUCAGCUGGAUUCUUUUAAUUCUCUAUAUGUGACAGGGAAAAAUGACAGUGCCAAAAUCCUGACUAAGAGCUGCCCCUAAACUUUGGAACAAUUGACCCACGGAAAUGAAAUCUGCCUCAACCAUCGAGCUUUUAAAAUCCCUUUUAAAGACCUCCAACUCUUCUCCUUGGCUUUCACUUCAGGGUAAGAAUACUUCAAUUUUUUACCAUUUAUUAUUUUAUGGUU